CUAUAUGCGUUAUUUUUACACACCAUUUAGUGUGCUAGUAUGCGGUUUGGGACGAAGCGAAGUUCUCUGGUCAUGCUUGCUAACGUUAGCGCUGCACUGUGUUGUGUUUGUACAGUCUGAGUGAAACCCACACACAUGGAGCUGAAGUGGGAUGAGCUUCCGUCAAGCAGCCCUGUGCCAUUUUCCAAAGACACCUUUGAGAAAUUCUCACUGGCACCCACAAUAAAAGAGCUGUGGUCUCUUUUACAGAGUCCUGAUGAAGUUGAAGUGAAAGAAGAAAGUAAGGUAAGACCAGCUGGUUCCUCCUCAAAACCAUCCAAAAUCAAAAACAUCACACCACAGAGCAGCAGCAGAAACAGCUAUGGCUCUGCUGGCUCCACUUCAGACUGCAGUGACACUCCUGCUGACUGUAAGAUGAAGCAGAAUGAGGGAUUCCCCAGUCCAAAAGUACCCUAUCCUUGCUACUCAGCCAUCAACCACAAAGAACGACUGGCUUACCUGCGGUUACUAAAAGAACAAAAACUACCACACAGCUCCACAAAUAAUAAGGUGAAGAAUGAGAUUGCAGAGUUUAUGAAGUACCUACAGGAUGUCUCCAAAGUAUGUGCCGAUGACUACAAGUACAUGCCCCUGGGAACCCCUCGCUACUUAGAGGAAUAUUUUAAAGCCUGCUUGGACUAUAUGACAAACUAUCCGCAGAUUUACUGUAUCCAAGAAAUCACCAGCCUGACUGGGGGGAAGUUUGUGCCUGAUAUUUCCUUCAACGUUGAGAAACAGCUGCUUGCAAUGGGCAACAUAGAGAUGGUGGAAAAAAGGAUGCUGCCAGAAGAAACUCAACUGUAUGUGGAUUAUGACUCUGUUUCAGCUGGGGUUGCUCCAUGUAAAAAGGCCAGCCAUUUUCACAGAGCUAUCAGCAGUGACACAAAUGCAGAGAAGCUCAGUGCUAUAUAUGAGCCUCAUGUGUGUCUAGCAAAGGAAGCCUUCCUCCAGCUCCUGAACAACAGUGCUGGGUAUACAGAAGCAUGGGAGCUACCAGUCUGGGUGAAAGAAAACCCUGGAAAAUGCAGCAGUAAAACGGUAUACAUUGACCCUCCUCUGCUGAAGACGCAGAUGACUUGGAGAGAGAGAAAUCAUCUCAUUCAUGAGGAGAGUGUAAAACUAGCAUAUAAGAAGACAGGCUCAAAUCCAGUGUUUUUUCUCCUAACAGAGGACUAUUCCAAUAAAACCAACUUUGCCCCAGAGGAAAAGUUUUCCAGGGCAGUUGUUUCAUUUGACGACACCAGCAUAGACUUUGAAGUGGAUGUAACUGAACUGGAGUCAUUUGGGGAGUCCUACCAACUCAGUAAAAAAGUAAAAGGCCAUGAUGAAUCUAAAGCCCUUUCUAAAAAUCAUACAUUAGGAUUAUCUAAAUCUAAAUUAGGCUCAGAUAAACAUGCUCUGGCUGGAGCUUCCACACCUGAAGACAUUUCUUCAUCAUCCCAUGCAUUGCCAAAGGAAGAAUUUAAAGAUGAAGCAGCCAAGACUGAUGUAGACGACAGCUCAACGGACAAGAGUACUGGAGAUAUUUUGAAUGCUGUAUCUGAAGACCCUGUGAAUAAUAGUUCCUCUGUAGAAGAGUGCUCCAGUUCUGAAUGUCCUCCAACAAAGCGGAUAAGGUGCAACUCUGUGUACAGUUCAGACCACAGUAUGGAUUCUGAUGAGGAACGCCUUGUUAUUGAUCACCCAGGCUCCCCACUGUACCAUGUAGCCAAAAAGACCCAGAUGGCUCCACCUGCUCCAGAGAGUAUCACUUAUGGCAUCAAUGAGCAAACUUCAGAUCCGACCACUCCCUUGAGUCCUACUGGCUCUGCCAAAGAAGCUAAGAAAGGAAAGAGAAGGUCCAGAGUCUCUGGGGACUGUGAUCAACUGGGGCACAUUUUACGAAUGCAGAAUGCCAUGCUGAAAUCCACCAUAAGCAAGGGUCAAGAGCCUUCAAAAGCACAAACCUUGGAGUGUAGACCUCCAGAGCCCAAAUUAAACAGCCAUCCUCACUCUUUGGUCAAGCCCUGUGUAUCCUCCUACCUGGACUCUGGAGAAGGCCUGGAUGAAGAGGCUGCAACUCCUACCAUAUGUCAGCCAACAGUGCCAAAGAAACGGCUGCUGAGAGAGGAGCUGCUGGUGAGUGCAGAGGACGAGAAAGACUACAAGGCUCCAGAGGAAGCCAGUGUGCUCUAUAAGCUAUACAGCCUGCUGGACGUGCUGCUGAUGGUGCGCAGCACCGUAGACAUCGCCCACCCUAGACAUGAUUCAGGCACCUUCAGCGCUGUGCCAGUGCAUGUGCUGCCUAAGCUGGAGUACCAGCUGUGUUAUGGAGCGGAGACCCUUACCCACACUGAGGCAUGCCUUCUCUGGGCUGAGCAGCUCCUCCACUCCAGUACAGUGUCUUUCAUAGGUCGCAUUAAUGCACACACAUCGAAAGUGGUGCAACUGCAGGAGCUCUCGGUUGACUGGAUCCAGAACACCUCCUCUGAUUUCAAGCCAGCUAGGUGCUUGAAUACUCUCUAUCACAUAUUGAAAAAAGUCAUGGGCUUACAGGAGGGGAGGUACCUGUUGGGCCACAAACCUGGUGAGGCAGUUGUGACCAUCUUCAAAGCCAGCGAUGAAAAGAAACCCAGUCGUAGUAUCUAUGACCUUCAAGCAGUGCACUCUGGUCCCCCAGGGGUCCCUCUAGAGGACAAGGUGCCCUGGGUUCCACUGGACCCAUUCCACCUAAUGCCUUUCCAUCAGAAAUACAAAAGACCACCUUGCACCUUCCCCCCACGCCCACCCCCACAGCGAAAGGCAGGCAGGAGUAAAGGAGGAAAGCAAGGUAACACUCCAACCAGACCCACACAAGGGACCCAAAACUCUUCAGCAGUUGCUGAUCAAAGUCAGGAGAAGAAGAAGAGGAAGAGGAGAAGUUUACAGCAAAAACAGAAACGGGCAGGAAAAGUGAUGACGUAACAGAAGGAGGACACACAGACCAAUUAAAUAAGCGGUGAAAACUAGUACUUGCUGAAUGCAAGUAGGAGUUGGGAGGGUGUCAGGAAGUUCCUAAGUUAGAGUGGGACUAGUCAGGGAAAGAUCUGUUCAUGUUAGAGUAUGAGAAGCUGCCAGAUGCUGGAGAAAAAGUAAUUUCCUCAAAAAUAUCUUUUUUUUUGUAAAGUACAGUUCAGUUACUUUUUAUAUUUUAUGGGAGAAAGAUUGUAAUGAUAAUGUUUGUACUUUUUGUUUCUAUUUGUAAAUUGAGAAUUAAUAAAUUGUUAAUAUAAACUCUU